AUGGAACUAAAUCCUUUUCAAAAUCUUCUUAAUACAACUGCUUUAAAGGAACUACCCAAAUUUACUGGCGAUCCUAAUCAGAAAGUUACUCAGUUUAUUAAUGCUGUUGAACAUAUCGGUAGCUUCGCUGGAUUGAAUGAAUCGAUGCUACAUUCUAUCGCUACUAUUAAAUUAGGAGGAUCUGCCUUUAAUUGGUAUGAUAACAAUAAAGACCAUCUACAAACAUGGCGAGAUCUAAAACAACAUCUUCUUGAACGCUUUAAACCAUCUGUUUCUGCUAUCAAAACGCGACUGAAGGAAAGAAAACAACAACCAGGUGAACUACUUAACGCCUACUAUGAUGAUAUUAUUGAUUUAUGUAAACAAGUUGAUCAAAGUAUGCCGCUACAUAUGAUCGUUGAUUAUUUACAAGAUGGUAUGCGCAAUGAUUUAAAAAUACACGUCAAACGUCGCCUCAAAACGCUCGAUGAUGAACCAACACCAGGUAUUUUUUGGAAGAUCGCUCAUGAUGAAGAAGAGUUACUGAACGAAAUUCCUUCUGAAACCCAACAAUCAAUCAUUCCAACAUCCCCAUAUUUUGCACCUGUCACUGCUGUCACUCAAAAA